GCUGUUCUUCAUUCUCAGGCCGGGUAGGACCCCAGCAACAACUCUGCGAUCGGUUCAACCUAUGAAGAUUGAGCUCUACAAUCGCAAUCCAUCCUCCGAUUAUACAACAUUUUGUGGAACUAUAUUAGUGUCACUGAGCAGAAGACAUUCAUAAAUUGUUAAAUUCGAAUCAGAAGGCACUGGGAAGAGGCGCAAAGAAAAAUUUUCAUACUCGAUGACAUUACAUCGAAAUGUCCGAUCGUUUGGGGCAAUUAACCAAGUCCAAGGAUGGGAAAAGCAAGUAUUCCUCACUCAGCCUAUUUGACAAGUACAAGGGAAAAUCAAUAGAAUCUCAGAAAAAUACAGUAGUUACACGACAUGGCUUGCAGAGUCUUGGCAAAGUGGCCACAGCCCGGCGCAUGCCCCCACCCGCUCACCUGCCUAGCCUGAAAUCUGAAAACAAAGGAAACGAUCCCAACGUGAUUAUAGUGCCCAAAGACGGUUCAGGAUGGGCGAACAAGCAGGAACAAACCGAUCAAAAGAGUUCCAGUGCAUCUACGCCUCUGCUGCCGGAGUCGCAGCCGCAGCUGGCUUUACAGAAGUCUGUCUCCAAUCUUCAGAAGUCCGCACCCGUGACCAGCCAGGAGAACACAAACACAGGUGGACCAAAGCAAUGGGCCCAGCUAAAUGGAAAGGCAGUAGAGCAAGAUGGUUCAAGGGCCUUAAACCGACUUCAGCCCUUCUCUCACGAGGAAUUUCCCACCCUGAAGGCAGCUGGAGAACAGGACAGAGCUGGCAAAGAAAGAAGCGGCUUCGAUCCGUCGUAUGGGCCCGGACCAAGCCUCCGCCCCCAGAAUGUGACGAGUUGGAGGGAAGGUGGUGGCAGGAACCUUCAGCCCUCCUCCCUGACCCUCAGCCUCCCAGCAGAUCCUGAGGGGAAGAUCACUGCCCUGGCUGAGACUGGCUCUCCGCCAGCCUCCUCGCAUCCUUCCUCUGCCACCGGCACCACCUCCUCCUCUAGUGCAGUGAGCGCUCCGUCACCGAGCCUGGAGCCCAAGGAGCCUUCCCUCAGACCUGCCCAGCCAGUACGCAGACCAACCGUCCCUACUGCCCUGCAGUAUCAGCUUCACCACACGUCAAACGCUGUCUACCAUGACAUGUUGCCUGCAUUUAUGUGUGCUAAAGAGACACGUGAAACUACAACCCCUGACAAUGUUACAACCACUGCAGCAGCCCCAGCCCGAUUUGACAGCAAACCCACUUUUAGACCAAGCUUUACCAAACCUGAGCUUGUCAACGGAGAUUUAAGAAGAGAGAACCGCUUUGUCCGUGCUCCACCUCGAGUGUCUUCUCAGCCCAUCCGCAGGCCCAGUGAGAGACCAUCGCGUCCAGCCAUCAUUAAUCCAGAGGACCUGAAGGAUCUGGAUGACCUGGACAACGAUUGUGAGGAUGGUUGGGCUGGUCUUCAUGAAGAGGUUGACUACAGCGAGAAGCUCAAGUUCAGUGACGAUGAAGAUGAACACUCUACUAGUGAUAAAAAUAAAAUGUGGGCUGAGUGGGAGAGGGAGAACCAGCGAGACUGCCAGUCCUCUCUUAGCUCAGGAGACGCACCUUAUUCUCAGGAGGGAGCAGAAGAAAAUUAUUCAUCCCAUCACCACCACGAGCCUCUAAGGAAACCCAUUGGCAGAUAUUUGUCUACUGACAGUCAGAAAAACCACAGUGACCCAGCAACAGACUCAGACGAUCACCAGCGUUCUCAGAGUCAAGCACCACCUAGGGCGAAAUACAUGUCGCCUGAAGUAUCCGAGGCUGUUGAAAGAGCCCGAAGACGGCGAGAGGAGGAGGAGAGACGUGCUAGGGAAGAGAGACUAGCUGCCUGUGCUGAAAAACUCAAAAAGUUGGAUGAGAAGUUUGGAAAGUCUGAAAGACCUGCGUCAAAGGUGGAAGACAUCCCGAAGGAGGUCGAGGGUAAAGAAGUCCCACUUUCUCCAACCCGGGAUCACAAUAAAGGCCAUAAUGAAAACUGGCAGUACGCCACAAAAGAAGGAAGUGAGUGUCUGCCUGUCAACUCCUUUGUUGGCCAAAGCUACCGUGAUGAGCAUAAUCGCAGCAGUGACGAUGAUUGUCCAGAACCUUCCUCACCUUCGGAAGACUAUGGUGGGCGUCCAGCCUCCAAACCUGUUCCACCGCGCUUUCAAAAGCAGCUACAGCAACACCAGCAGCAGGAACAACCCCCCAAAAUGCAGCAUUGGCAGCAGUCUGGUCACCCCUCAAGCUCAAGUCAUUCCCAGCGGGGGUAUUAUCCCCCACAUGUUCUUGGAUUUGAUCCCCGCUGGAUGAUGAUGCCAACUUUCAUGGAUCCACGCAUGACACAAGGACGCUCUCCUGUGGACUUCUACCCUGGUAUGGUAAAACCCAUGGUGCAUCAAGACCACCUGAACAGUCCUAGCUCCGACGAGGGAUGCCAUUCCAACCUACAAGAGAGACGGGCCCCGUCCACUGAGCCUUACCCAGUUUGGAACAAAGAUGGCUACCCAUUGCGGAGCUUCACUCCUCCCUAUCAGAGACAGAAUGAAAGCUCAGAUGGUGAUCUGUCAGGGGAAAGAGGAAAUAUUGCCCCUUCCCAGCGGGACGCCUUUGAAGAUGGACCUAAUCAGAGCUUGACAAACAAUGAUGAGCCUUCCCAUAGCGCUUACCGUAGCCGAGACUCUGAUAAGGAACGCAAACACCAUGACACGGGCCUUCUCACCACUGCUCAAAACCUCUGUCAGAAGAAUGAAGCCACAAAGCAAGAUACAAGAGAUAAACACCUGAAAGAUGGUCUUGACUCUUAUGAGACCAUAGACGGAUCCCAGGAGGGCUGGAAAAGGGAUGGAGGGGGCCUCAGUUCCCCGAACCACUGGCCUGAAGCUGGUUCUACCAAUAGUGUUAAUCAGGCAUCUGAGACUAGUGGGCGGCCAUUGAUUCGUAGAACUGGGCCCAUCAAGAAACCAGUUCUGAAGGCACUCAAGCUGGAUGAUAAGGAGAAUGAAAAACCUAAACCUGAGCCUGAAGAGAAGCCUGUUCCCUAUCGUCUGGAGAAAGAAGUCCUCACUAAUGUUUAUGAUUUGAAGAAAGACAACCAGCCUACUAAUAACAGGCGUCCUGCAUCACCUGUUGUUGAGAAACAGCCUGAAGAGAGACGGCGCCAGUCACCAGCUCUUUGCAAAACAGACAAGCCUCUCAGCACCCACAGUGAGGACUUCCCUAAGGAAACUACCUCAGUAAGCAGCCGGAACCAAUUAGUUAGAGAGAGCCAGGAAAAAAAUCGGGAACCUCAGGCCCCACGCCGCAACAACUGGAUUUUCAUUGACGAAGAACAAGCUUUUAGUUCAGCCAGAGGAGGAGGUAGAGGCCGCAGUCGAGGGUUCAGGGAAUUUAGCUCCCGAGGUGGAACUCGAGGUGGCCGAGGAGGGGAUAACCUUAGAGGAGCCUAUAAUAACACCGGUGGUACUCAGAGGCCGGCUAGAGGUCGAGGACCACCAAGAGAUCUCUUGAAGGUUGAGGAGUUCCAGAGAGGCAAACCUCGUAGACGAAAUGUCAGCGAGACAUUGAGCGAAGCAUCAGAGUAUGAGGAACUUCCCAAGAGGCGAAGGCAGAAGGGAACAGAAAAUGGAGAAGGGUACACAGAGUCUGGUGAUGUUAGUAAGGCAGAUAGAGACUCUUGGAGAUCAAACAAGGUGUACACCGAUGAACAGACAGCCUCAGAUAACAGAGAAAAGGCCAGAAUGAGGGGCUUUGGAGGCCGUGUUUUGCCCCCUAGACUGAACACGGCAAACGGCUACAAUCGAAACUUCGGAGGUUCGAGGGAUAUUUCUUCAUGGAGGGGCCGCGGACCCCAUUUCAGUGGCAACAACAGCUCAAUGGCAGAGAAUGGAGGACAUGGUCCUGGAGCGGAGGUCUCUUACUCCCGCAGACCAUUAACAGAACGUGAGGCUCUUAAGUACACUCCUAAGUUUUCAGGCUCUUUCACAGAGAAUGGUGGGGAAGACCGUGAAGGGGAAUACUACUUUGAGAACGACAACUCAGACAGACAGAUGCUAAGGAGGCGGCGUCCCCCACGUCAAGACAAACCUCCCCGUUUCCGGCGUUUACGACAAGAACGCGAACCUGGUUCAAAUCAGUGGACGAGCGAUGAGUACAUUAAUGGAGACUUUGCAAAUCCCUGGCCGGCUCGCCCUAAAGGAAGCGGAGAAGACCAUUGGCCCACUGGUCACUUCUCUGGACGCUCCAGUCAGCAUGCCCAGACAGAAGAAUGGGAGACAGGAUCCGACAACAGUGACUUUGACUGGAGAGGGAAGCAAGGUGGGAGUGGAAAUAUGGCAGUGCAGGGACACGUUGACAUUACCUCAGACUCUGGUCACAGUGAAUUUGGCUCUGGUGAGAAGAGGGAGCUCUCAAAGAGAAGCUUCUCCAGUCAGAGACCGCUGGUUGAGCGACAGAACCGAAAAGGAGAGCCGUCACUGCUAGAGGCAAGCAAGAUGGUUCGCACACCUGAAAAUCCCCCCGCUCCGACAUCCAGCAGGAAUGAGAGUUGGCAGAAUGGAGGGACUUCUUGCAAGAGCAGGAGUCCAGAUGACUCUGGCCCAGUCUACAGCUUGGAGCCCCCACCAGAGGACAGGGAGCCCAGUGAGCUAACAGGAAAGAAAUUGGAAAAGGAAAUAAAAGCAGGAGCUGUAAAGGCAGACUUUGCUGAAUCUCUCGCACAGUACGAACUCAGCAGCUACCCCCUUGAUCCUGAUGCAGGGGGACAAAAUGUGGAUCCAGAUGGUUACCAAGAUGCUUUGUCAAAAAAGCAGCGCCGACCACAGGAAGAUGAGAGGCGGAGAAAAGAACAGGGUGCCGCUGUACAAGUCAAGAAUAGAACAGCCACGUCCAAGAUGCCACCACGCUUCAUCAAGAAGCAAGGAAAUAUGAGUCUGGAGCAAACGGAGGAAACGAUUUCCUCAACGAACAACCUAGGAACUGAAAUCUGGGAAACCAACAGUUCAGCUCUUUCUGUUCAGUCUUCAGGGGGAGACUCGUGGACUAAACAGGUGUCGUAUACUGCGAGUGAACCUAACUCUGAGGAUUCUGAUGCUGGCCCAGAACAGAGUAAAGAACAGCACAAACCAGGGCCCAUCGGAAAUGAACGUUCCUUGAAAAACCGCAAAGGCUCAGAAGGUGUUGAUCGACUAGAAGGUGGCCCAAUUACUCCAGUCAACGGUGUGGAUCUCCAUGUGGACAGCGUACUUCCCGUCCCUCCCAUUGAGUUCGGUGUGAGCGCCAAAGACUCUGACUUCAGCCUGCCGCCUGGCUCCGCCCCCGUACCGGUCUCCAGUUCUGUUAACAAGCUUCAGGAUACACUUGGCACUGAUGUGAGUAACUUGACACAUCAGUCCAGACAUAUGGAAUAUAGUAUCCAACUGCUUAUGACCUCUUUAAAUCAGAGCAUCCCAAUGCUGCGUUCCAACCACCUGCAGCCUGGCAUUAGCCUCAACACCAUCUUCCCUACUGCUGACCUCACUCUCAAGAUGGAGUCGGCACGUAAAGCCUGGGAGAAUUCUCAGUCUCUCCCGGAGCAAGGCUCACCCGGCGGUAAUUCCUCAGGUGCUCAGCCUCCCUCUAGUGCAGGUUCAUCUAGUGGAGUCAGCUAUAGCUCUUUUGGAGUUUCUAUGCCUCCAAUGCCUGUUGCAUCGGUGGCUCCUUCCAUGUCCAUGCAAGGUAAUCCUAUUCCUCCGUUGUACAUGGACGCUCACGUCUUUCAAACUCAGCCACGCCUCGUUCCUCCCACUAUGACCCAGCAGCAGACCUAUCCACAGGCAGCAGCAGCUCAGCAGAUUCCCAUCUCUUUACACACAUCUCUUCAGGCUCAGGCUCAGUUGGGGCUCCGUGGAGGUCUGCCCGUCUCUCAGUCGCAAGAGAUGUUUAACUCCAUCCCCCCCUUCAGGUCCCAGGUUUACAUGCACCCCAACCUAUCACAGCCCAACCCUAUGGUGCUGUCAGGUGGGGCCCCCCUAAAGGGUCCUUAUUCAGCUUUUCCUGGCAUGCAGCAGUCAGACAUGGUGAAAUCCCAGUCAGGCUCCCACUACCAGCCUAUGAACGGCAACCAGCAGCUCGUCUACGACAGCCAGAUGAAUCAGGGGCCCGGUAUGGGUUCUUCACAGCUGAUGGACUCCCAACUCAUUCAGGUGACUGUACCUCUACCUGGCUCACAGCUGCGCUAUGGUUCAGCUCAGCAGCACCUCAUCCUCCCACAGUCAAUCCAGCUGCAACAGGGACAGAACCUGUCAAUGGGGGGGCCCCGCCGAAUGCUGCCACAAGGCUCCCAGGCUGCUGUCAUGACUGGCAGCAGAGAGGGCUCACAGAUGGAAAUGAAGGGAUUCCAGUUCUCUGAGAAGCCCAAUCAUUCUCCAGGUUUAUCUGGAGGUUCCUACAGGCCAGGGUCUGCAAGCCCCAGUGGGAAGCCCUCUGGUCCCGGUGGGCCUAUGGGGCCUCUGCCUACACUUUUUACACAGCAGGUUUCACCUGCUCAAGGCAGCAUGGUAAUGCACAUGCGACCCCCCACCACUGGCCCCUUCCCCAGUCCAAUUCAGAGACCUGUCAUGCAGGUUAACAAACCCGUCAUCAUCCGCUCCCCCCCUUACCCCAACCCCGGCCGCGACCCCUCCCAUUCCACCCCUCCUUCAGUCCCUGAGCCCCCAGUCAAAGGGUCAGAGGAUGGCAUGAAGAGCAAAGCAUUGCGAGAAGUACGCAAAGCUGUGGGGGAGGGCAAAUCGCCACCAGGGGGCAUGACCAGCAAACUCCAGGAGCCCUUACCCACCAUGGGUCAGGCUAAACCAGCACGCACUGGAGCCAUCAAACCCCAGGCUGUCAAAGUAGAAGAGGGCAAGGCAUAACAAUGGACCUUAAAGAUCCUCACCACCACCGACCCUGCCAACUCAGAGAUCCUCCAUGAGAUGUCCGGGUCUUUGAAAGAGAAGCAAAGUGGGGUGGGGGGUGGGUAAACUUGGAGUUACAAUGAAUUAACCAUGAACUCCCAGAACUGGACACUAUUAUUUCACACCAAUUAUAGAGAUAUAUAAAUGAAUAUAUAUUAUGCAUACACACAGACCAUCUUUUAACCUGAGCUCUCCAAGGUCCUCUUUAACUUAUUAUUAGACCCUUUCAGGAGAGACUGGUUUGGCAAAAUAUUUGUUUUGUGUUUGUUCUCGGUCGAUGAUGGAAAAGAAAGAUGGCCAACUCAAAAGGUUCACUCUUCAUGCCGUUUUGCCAAACUGUAUUUGCUUCCUGUAUUUGAACUGUAGCCCUCCAGAACAGACAGGACAUUUAACAUAACCUACUGUAAGAAGCAAAGUGUGUUAUUUCCUAUUAACAACUUUGAAAUGCAGUUGGGCACUUCUUUUUUUUUUGUCAUUUCCUUUCAGAUUUUGCUAGUAAAUAAAGGUUACCUUCAUGACCACCCGUUCAAUCCACCUGUGAAAGACUUGUUUUAUUAAUUCAUCAUGGGAAAAAAAUUAUUUCCUUGCAUGUCAACAUUUGUGCAUCAGCCCAGAAUUAUGUCUGUUGGAAGUACACAACAAACCCCACAAGCUAUCAGAACUGCUUAGAUUAGUGGAAAAUCUAUUUUUUUUUUUCUUUUUUUUUUGUUUCUACAUUCUGUUGCUCUACUAUGUGAAAUUAAAGGAAAAGGAAGGACAUUUGACGGGAUCCUAUUUCUUCCGUGGGAAAGUCACAGGCAUUGACGGAGUGUGUGCAUGUGAUGAGCUGAAUGUGUGUGAUCUUGCAGGGCUAUCAUCAAGCAGCUGACAAAGUUUCACCAACACUUUCUAUAUACUGUCAAUUGCUCAGUCGCUGUAAGGACGCGAUUAAAAAGUGUGUUUUUGAAGGGGUAGGGGCUUAGAUGACAUAAAAAACUUAAAUGUAUCAAUGAAAUGAAAGCUUCCCUGUUGCUUUGCCUGGGUUGGUAUCAAUUCACUUAUCUGUAUAAACCUGAUUUAUAAGUGAUGUUUCUUUCCUAUAUACCGUAGUUAUCUUUGGAGGUUAGCCGGAUAUUAAAAUUCCCAUCCUACUGAACAGCCCUGUCAGGAAUGGGAAAGGCGCCUCCUUCAGUCAGCAUCUGUUCUCUGCAGUGGCACUAGCAAUAAACACAACCUAACUAAUCGCAAUCGGGGGCCAAUUAGACAACUUUUUAAUCUUGUUCCAAUCAGCACCAAGGACUGCUUACUGCUUAAAGUAAUGUCUUUUUUUCUUUUUUGUUUUGCAAACUCCCAGAACUCUGUUACAGAAAUCUUUUUUUUUUCUUUUCAUUUUAGGUCAUAACUCCUCAUCUUUAAAACCUACAGUAAAAAUGUCAUUACUGGUUAGAUGUUCGCAUCAUGUUCAAGGACACUACAACAUGUUUCUCUUUAUUACAGUGUUUCACUGGUUUAUAUGUAAAUGCAUACUUAACUGUACAGUCAUGCCUUGUCAAUGGAGCGUAGAGGUGGAAACAUUUUAUUUUGAAAAAUGUUGUGGCACUAUAAAAGAUUAAAUGUUAAGCAAGUCACUGCGUUCUUAACAUGAACUGCUUUCCUGUGAUCAGUCUGUUGGGCUUGGAGACUUUUCAUCUUAGUUUUUGUAAAAGUUCCUACUUUUCAUCAUUGUAUGACCACAGAUGCUGCCCUGACUUCUUUUAUUUUGGGCUUUUGUGAUGCAUUUUUUUCUUUUUCUCAGAGGACCAGUGCAUCUGAUUCAACGCUUUAUCCAUUCAGCUAUUGUUGGUUCAAGAGAAACGGUUCAAGAGAAAGAACUUAUUGAAAGAAAAAAAAAUCAAGCAGUGGUGGUUUCUUUUGUUUUGUUGAUUAUAUGUACUGAGUCAAAUAUGAGAAUCAAGUUUGCAAAUGUCCAACACCCAUGAAGAAAAUUAUUGCCCAAUAGUCUUUGAUUUUUUAAAAAUCUAUUAUAAAGACUGUUCCAUAUUUGAUGUGUGAAAAAAAUGACUUUUUUAAACACCAGCAUUGGCCCUCCACACAGGUAUCGCCAGCUUAGAUUUGCUGUCACUUGCUUUAAAUAUUUUCUUUACAAGUUCCAUGUAUAUGUUGGGCUCAUGAUACUGCCUCAGAAAAUACUAAAAUCAUUUUCAA